AUGCCUUCCUUCGGCAGCGGCGACAUUCUCUCGGCUGCGGCAGUUGCCACAGUAGUGGUGGAUGUAACGGUGCAUCCCAUGGACACCAUCAUUACAAGAAUCCAAUCGCCCGCUUACAAGACACACUACCGGCAGCUGAACGGCCUGUUCCACCGCAAUCUGUUUCAAGGGCUCUACCAAGGCUUUGGGCCAACUUUGAUAGCUGGAAUACCAUCAUCCGCUGGCUUCUUUGCAAUCUACGAGGGCUCGAAGAACGUCUUUGAAAACGCACAGAAAUCAGGCCAUUUGCAAUUAAUCCCUCUUCCUGUUGCACAUGCAAUCAGUGGUGCGGCCGCGGAUCUCGUGGCCUGUGCCAUCAUCAAUCCGGCCGAGGUGCUUAAGCAGAAUGCACAAGUCUCCUGGCAAAGGAACUCAUCUCUUAAACAGCGUUCGCAUCUAAUGCAGGCCAUGAAGGCGUUUUCACGGCAACCCACACAGCUAUGGACAGGUUAUACCAUGUUAGUGGCCAGUUCUCUACCAGGGACUAGUCUGACAUUUAGCUUGUACGAAUGGCUUAAGCAGAGAUUGACGGCGGCGAGGGACAGUGACCUGACUCGUGACAUUCAGUACCAGGCGAAGGUCAGCGCUGUGAGUGCUGCCAUCGCGGCUGGCUGCGCUUCGUGCAUAUUUGUUCCGGUAGAUGUUGUCAAGACGAGAAUGAGACUGGCGGCUGGCGGCAACACCCCGGCCAGUUCCAGUGCAAAAAUAGUCGUGCAGAGCCCCGUGGAUAUAGCGAAGAAUAUUCUUCGGACCGAGGGUGAUCUAUCACUUAUCGCCGUUGGUUCACUGAGUGCCGCAAUUGAGCUGCCCGUUGAGCCUUCGAAUCAUAUGGUUGCCUCCAGCGUAUCCCCCACAGCAGACGGCGAUAUCAUAACCUCUUUUACAAUUCCUCGCAAACAAACGCCCGUCUCGAUCGAUACGGACUCUUCCAUAAGACCCACGGCAGACGAGAAAGAAACUAUGGAUGCCGAAAGCAACAAGUCACCGCCUCUCAAAGGGAAGAGGAAACCUGUGCCCGGCAAAGGCUUCAACAAGUCGCGACAAGGUUGUUACAACUGCAAGCGACGCAGAGUCAAGUGCUCAGAGGCGAAACCGGAAUGCUGUAGCUGCGGUCGCAUGGGGCUAUUCUGCGUAUAUCCGGAGACUCCACGGCCUACACUCCAAAGAUCAGACAACACAACUUGCUCAAGUUUAAAAUCAUGCGUGAACCUCAACCACCUGCAGUUCUACCAUCAUUUCCUGCUGGAAGCUUACCCUCCUGCGCCGCAUGGUGCAGAACCAGUCUGGCACAACGUUGCCGCCAUGUCUCACGAGUACGAGUUCCUUGCCAACGCCAUACUCGGUCUUUCUGCUCAACAUCUCACCUUGUUCCAUGGCGCAGACUACUCCAUACAGGCACUAGAUCUGCGAGUCGCCGCCAUCAAUGGCCUCAACGAAGCCUUGUCACAGCCAUGUCUGACGACCAUUGGCGCCGAUGCUCAAUACGCCGCUAUUAUAGCAUUGACUUACCAAUCUGCCUAUAUGCCAGAUGCAAUGAUGGAAUUCAUAACGAUGCUGCGAGGGUGGAUGUUUAUCCAGACAAAAGUGGUUCCAGAUCUCGAAAUGUCCAUGUUCCGUAACUUUACGAGGGACGCAUUUGUAGGCAGUAUGAAGCAACAUAUCGCCCAGCAGCUGACCAACAAGAGCGCAAUUAUGCUAGAUGACUAUCUUGCCUCUCUCAAAGUUGUUCGGGCGUUGUGCCAGGGAACCGCAGAGAUCAAGUAUCUCUCUGCACUGGAAAGGCUGGGUCGCUUGGCCGAGCAGUCUCCCAUUGAGGCGUUUUUAGAGAUUGUGCCUUGCUAUGGGUUAACAAAUAAGAUGACGGAAGAGGAGUUCAAGGCAUUCACAGAGCCGUCCAACAGCUGCGCGCGUGUUCUACUGUCGCAUUUUCUAAUGCUGAAUUACGCUUUAGAGCAGCAUUUUCUAAGCCCCAAGCCAAACCACUUUGCGUUUUGCAAGGAGAUUAGUACUGCGUGGGUUGUUAGGGUAGCUGCAGGACUGCCUUUCAGGUUUCAGCAGCACAUGAUGUGGCCGCUGGGAAUAGCGACUGGCUCAAUGAAGACGUGA